GCACAGGUUAGCAUACUUAAAUUAUAAAAAAGCAAAAACACAUCUAACCUUACAUAUUGUUGUAUCAAUCAAUGUUACUAACUUGCUGAAUCUCAUUUAAGUUAUAUAGGUGACAAAUUAAGAAUUAGCUGUAGUCCAGUAUUAUUUUUUAAUCAAUCUUAAAUUUUAAUAAUGGAGAAAUAUUUAGAAAAAAUAAACAACAGUAUUAUAUGUCGAGAUAAUAUAAUAGCAAGAUUGUAUUCUUUAAUCAGCACAACAAAUGAGCCAAUGCCACAAAGCAUAUUUAUAUAUGGUCACAUGGCUACUGGGAAAUCAUUAAUUAUACAAAGUUUACUCAAUCAUUUGAAGUAUAAUGUCAGCUAUAUUAAUUGUAUGGAGCACUUAGGUAGUAAAAAUAUAUACAAUUAUAUAUUGAGUGAUUUGACUGUAUCCACAGAAGAAUUAAGUAGUGAUAUACUGUCAAAGCAAAAUUGCGACAAUAUGGCAGACUUUAUACAUGCACUUAAGAGAAUUUCGUCCAACGAUAAACGUCCAAUCGUAUUGGUGUUUGAUAAAUUUCAUAGGAUGAGAGAUUUUGAUGUAACUUUUAUGCCAGCAAUCUCAAGACUUAGGGAAUUGUCAGGCAUUAAUUUAUGUACAAUUUUUAUAAGUGAGAUCUCAUGGACGAAGUUUCGCACUAAAAUUAGCAUGUUGGAACCUAUAAAGAUUUACUUUCCACAAUACACGAAGGAAGAGCUGAUCGAAUUGUUGCUAUUGGACAGUCCACAGAAAUAUGAUAUGCAAUUCUAUAAAAAUUAUUUGAAUCUCUUCCUUUCUGUAUAUUUCCGAUUUUGUAGAGAUUUGAAUGAGCUGCGACAUAUGGCCAAAAUCAAUUUUGUAAAGUAUGUAGAACCCGUGGAAAGUAAACGAAUCGAACCUGAUAAUGCUGCUGCGCUAUGGCGAAAUAUUUCUGCUACUUUGCGAUCUAAUUUAGAAGUCAUUUAUCUCCGAGUUUCUACGGAUGAUCUCUCGCAGUCGGAUUGUCAAAUAUCUCGGGAGAUCGAGUCGACAACGAAGUUAGCAUUGAGUUUCGAGUUACCGUUUUACGCAAAGUAUAUGCUAAUCGCGGCAUAUUUAGCUUCACAUAAUCUGUCGAAGUACGAUCAACGCAUCUUUAUGAAGCAAAGUAAUAAGAAGAAAAAGAAAAUACGGUCGAUUAAAAAUACGGCGACGAUGGAUCAGCAGAAGAAACCUCGAGUUUUUACCAUCACAAGAAUGCUCGCUAUCUUUUGUGCUAUCCUCGAUGAAAAAGUAGAUAUCAACGCUAAUUUACUUGCCCAGAUAUCUACUAUGUGUCAACUUGGCUUGUUAAUUGUCAGCGGGGAUAACAUUUUUUAUUUGGACGAACCAAAAUACAAGUGCUGUGUAAGUCGUGAUUUUGUCACAGUUGUAGCUAAGACAGUUGGCUUUGAUAUAAAGCAUUAUUUAAGCGUGAAUAUGAAUUGAAAAAAAAAUAUAUAUAAGCUUCAUACAUACUUCCUCAUUACUUGAAUCUAUUUUCAAUCAUAGUUCUGCUUUUAGUUGUAGUUAUAUUU